ACUUUGAGAGAAGCUCUGGACAUCGACAUCUAAAAGUAACGCUUCUAUACCUCCAAGUGAAAUACAAACCUGCUGCUAUACUGUGAAUAACUGGACCACAACUGUUUCCACUUUAGAUUUAAUCCUCAAAUUACAGCCGUAAUAAUUGACCUAAAGUAACAUGGGAAAAGUGAGCAAUUUUGGUUUUAUAAUUUGGAUAUGUUUUGCGUCCAUUUCUGCUGGUUUGGCGACUACGAUUGUGCCGACAACUGAUUCGACCACUAGUAAUAUCAUGGACAAUGCAACAGAAUGGAUGAUGGACUUCACUGACAUUGAAUCCAAGUUCUCCUUUAGAACCAUAGAUGAACCGGAGGACGAUCUGUGUUAUAUAAUUCCUGGUCAACCACAAACUAUCAAAGAAUGCAACUUUAAUACAGAGACUAAGACUUUCAUAGUUAUUCAUGGAUGGACAGUCACUGGUAUGUUUGAGAGCUGGGUUCCUAAGCUGGUAACAGCCCUGUAUGGACAAGAGCCAGCAGCCAAUGUCAUUGUGGUGGAUUGGCUGUCCCGUGCACAACAACACUACCCUACGUCAGCUUCCUACACCAAGCUAGUGGGCAGAGAUGUGGCCAAGUUUGUCAACUGGUUACAGGCCAAGCUUAACUAUCCUUGGGAAAAGUUGCAUUUGCUGGGCUACAGCCUUGGCGCUCAUGUCGCAGGAAUUGCUGGUCUUCUUACCAAAAAUAAGGUUAACAGAAUCACAGGGUUGGAUCCUGCUGGUCCUAGCUUCGAGUAUGCCGAUGCCCAGAGCACUCUUUCCUCUGACGAUGCCCUUUUUGUGGAUGUUCUUCACACCAACACUCGGGGCUCACCGGAUCGCAGCAUUGGGAUUCAAAGGCCAGUUGGCCAUGUGGACAUAUACCCCAAUGGUGGGACCUUCCAGCCUGGAUGUGACCUUCAGAACACUAUGAUGAUGGUGGCCACUACUGGUUUAAGAAACAUGGAUCAGAUUGUGAAGUGCUCCCAUGAGCGUUCCGUCCACCUGUUCAUUGACUCGCUGGUAAACAUGGAACAGCAAAGCUUGGCUUACCGCUGCAGCUCCAAAGACAGCUUCAACAAGGGCAUGUGCCUCAGCUGUCGCAAGAAUCGUUGCAACAAGGUGGGCUACAGCAUCAACAAAAUUCGCUCCCGCAGGAGCAGCAAGAUGUAUCUGAAAACCAGAGACAUGAUGCCCUUUAAAGUUUUCCAUUACCAAGUGAAGGUCCACUUCUUCAGCAAGACAAAAUUGAGCUACACUGACCAGCCAAUGAAGAUCUCAUUAUAUGGAAUCCACGGCGAGAAGGAGAACAUCCCCUAUGUUAUGCCUGCUUUGAACACAAACUCAACAGUAUCCUUCCUGUUGACCACAGAUGUGGACAUUGGAGAACUUCUGAUGGUUAAGAUUCUUUGGGAGAAAGAUUCACUCAUCAGCUGGCCCUGGUGGAACCCUGAUACCUUCCACAUCCGCAAACUACGUGUCAAGUCAGGAGAGACGCAAUCAAAAGUCAUCUUCAGCGCCAAGGACGGUGAAUUUUCCUACCUUGCACGUGGAGGUGAGGCCACAGUCUUCGUGAAAGACAAAGAAGCCCAGUCAAGCCGCAAGAACCAGAGAUUGCACAAGCUGAAGAUGCACGGAAGUUCGUUCAAACAAAACACCGCAUAGAGACGCACUUCCAAAUCCACCUCUGCUGGAAACCUCUAUACAAUCAGCUGGGAACUGGAAUGGUAGAGACUGUAUGUUCUGACUUAUUGAAGACAACCUUCCCCUGACCAAAAUCCUGAAACACAUCCUGCAAGAAACAACUAUCUUGAACAUAUACUGCUGUGCAGUUUUAAAACAUAAAGUCACUUUGGACAUUGCAGAGUUUUUCAUUCAAGUUUUAAUGACAUAUCACAGGUCAUUUGCUUCAAGACAAUUGCUGGCUAGACAAUCUUUACUGAAGUAGUUGAAUAUAUGAAAUGUAAAUCUCAUGUGUCUAUGCAAUACACAUAUGCAAGAAUGCUGCAACACAAGUGUUUGUUCCAGUCUGUCUGCUUUAGUUAAACAAAAGUGAAAUGUGUUAAAAUACAGCAGGUGUGCAGAAAGGACUUACCUGCACUUAACCUACAGGGUUUUGCUAGUUUUCCACCAAAGAGAAAAUCAUUACGUUUAUAUGCACAGUUCUAAUUGAACUACAGAAGGUUUUUCCAAGUAUGCAUGACACAAUGCGUAAUUGAAUAUUUGACCAUUGCGCAUCAUUUCUGUCUUCCGAAUUAUGUGCACAAGGCCAAGGCUAAUUGUGGUACUAAUUUUGGUCUAUUUACAUAUAUACACAUGCUGUUAUUGUAUGUUACAUACUGUGUAUAUACAAUUAACUAGGUCUGUUAGUCUGACUUAGCAAAAAUUGGACUGGUAUGAUUUCAGUCACACUAAAGUUUUUAGUUUAAACCGUUUUAGUCUGACUGAAAUUAAAAUUUUAAAGUGCAUGUAAACGUACGUAAACGUUCCUGGAUAGCACACGUACAUUUCCGAGAUGUCUGUUUAAGAUAUUUCCAUCUGGAAAGCAUCACAAUCAAAUAAAAUCUACAAUCUAAUAAAUAUCUUAAAAAGAUCAGAAUUACAACAUUCUAAAUCAUAAACAUCUCAAAGACAUCUGCGGAACAUCUUAUUGGCAUCCAAGACAUAUUUAUUGACAUACCUCUUAUAGACGAAUUGCAGGUGAGCAAAUAAUGUAAAAAAAUAGGUCUUCCAGAUGUAAACACACAUCAAAUAGAUGUCUGGGUGAUGUACGUGUGCUAUCAGGGUUAGUUGUAGUAGUUUUCUCAUUUUGGAGAACGAUACCACUUGAAACAGGUCUAAAGUUUGCUUGGUUUAGCUCGCUGUUAACAGUAUUACUCUUGAAAUUCCACUUCGGGACUGAACCGGUAGGUUAUGUAGCCAUUUGUUUUGGUUGCACUGCACAAGUAUUUUUCUUAACCAGAGUGAUUUGCUAGCUAUGCUAAUCCUCUUUGCCUCAGUUCCCAAAGCAACCAUUCAGAUUUGCCUUAGCUACAGACGAAAGUCACACUGGCAAAUCUGUUGUCUCAAAUUGCCUACAGUUUUCCGAUUGAAUAGCCUUCACCAUGAGGGGUCACCAAAAACGGGACCAAAUUCACUUUCUGCUGAAUCAAUAUGCAAUGAUUACUGUAAAUAUUUGUGAUUGUCAUUAUAUAUACACAUAUAUACAGCUUUUCAAAUGUGUACCUUCCUUUUGUUUCUUGGGUUAUUGUGUCUGGCACAGGUCACUUUAAAGGCUUUGCUCCCUUUGAUCAUUCAACUUUGUUUGGCUUAACCAGCAAAAGUCAUCAAACAAUUUUGUCUCUUUUUCCCCACUGUUUUGUCUCUGUACCCCCUUCAUAGCAACUUAAAAGUUAGAUUUAAUUGUUUAAUCUGGAAAAUAAAUAAGAGAUGUAGCCCAAAGUUCACACAUGGGUCAGACAAGAUUUGUAAGUAAAAUAAAAUACAUUGGAUCUAAAGAAUACAAUGGGUUGACUGUCCCACAUACUAGCCACAAAUACAUAAAAACUGUUCAUUUGUCAUAUUUAUUGAAUGUAUAUAUUUGUAUAUGAAUCACAUAAUGUAUGUAUUCCAUGUUUCUGAAGUGCUCUUAGCUUAUUCUUUUGAGUUAUCUAACUUCUCUAUUUUAUAAGCAAAUUAACUUUGUUUUGACUAACUGAAUUUAAUGGAAGGAGAUGAUCCGAUCAGUAUUUGGUCACCUGUUGUGAUCAUUUAUUAUAUUAAUCUAUAUGCCAUGCACUGUGUGACGAAGUCAAUUUGAAUAAACGUUAUG